GCCAGCCAAGUUCUGCAGUUCGCGGGUUCUGAAGCAUCACGGGAACGCGUGGGCUGCGUCACGCUUACGUCAUUCAAGAUGGCGGCGCUCGCGUCCUUGAUGCUGCAAUCUAGAGCCUGUAUUCUGUUCAGUCAGUCGCCCACAGUUGUACUGACGAGAUUUGCUUCAAAGAAAUCAGGAGGGAGCAGCAAAAACUUGGGAGGGAAGAGUGCUGGCCGCAGACAUGGUUACAAGAAACAAGAUGGAAACUUUGUACAUGCGGGCAACAUCCUUGCUACGCAACGCAAGGGUCUAAUGCGCUGGCAGCCUGGAGCUCAUGUUGGUAUUGGAACCAAUAAAACACUUUAUGCCCUAGAGGAUGGUACUGUCAGAUUCACCAAGGAGGUGUACAUUCCUCUGCCACGAAGUGCUGAAGCUAGAGAAGUGAUCCCAAAACUUCCCAAGGGUGCUGUUUUGUACAAGACCUUUAUUAAUGUCAUUCCUGUAAAACAGGAGAAUAAAUUUAAACUAGUGGAAAUGGUAUAAUAAACACUUUCUUCAACUUCAGUUUGAUGUAGAUUCUUAAACCAGACUGGUAAACCACCCUCAAAUAUUUUGAUGGUCUCCUUUCAAGUGUGUCUAAAAAUUUUGAAAUAUUUAAUUUCUUUUUAUUUGUACAGUCAUGUUAAAUUCUAAUAAACAUGUUUUCCUACCA